AUGCCUUCCGAACUGGAGGAGCUUGUGGAGUUCCUCCACCAUGGUAAUUCCCAAAUUCGUCAAAUAGCGUGCGAGAACUUGCUGGGUUAUUCUACCACCAAUCCAGAUAUAUUCAAGAGGCACCAGCUGCUUCCCGUCAGAGACUUAAAAUUGCUCGUGCGAGACUAUGCCCCAAUUGCCAAAAAUGCAAUCAUCAUACUCGUCAACCUCUCUCACGAUGAGAACGUUGUCAACACGCUCGCAGAAGACGAUGCCUUCCUCGAAACCUUAUUAAAGAAGAUCACAGAGACGAAAGAAUCCUUCUCCAAUGAACUUUGCAUGCUGCUUGCGAAUCUCGCCAAAUCUCCUUCGUUGGACCGUCUUAUAACCCUCGCACGCUCGAUCCCCUUGGGAAACCCACCAGUCUCCUCGUCUACCAAUGCCGUGGACCAGCUGAUGGAUUGCUUCGUAAAGGAGAUUACCAACAAGCCCGCGAAAGACUACGAUUACCUCUCUUACGUUUUUGCAGACCUCUCCCGUCUUGAAGCUGGGAGGAAAUAUUUCCUGACCAGACAGGCUUACGAUGACAUCGUGCCAAUCACGAAGCUAACAGUGUUUACCGAUGAGCAUAGAAGUCAUGUCCGAAGGAAAGGUGUAGCCAGCACACUCAAAAACGUGUGCUUCGAGGCCUCUGCACACCAGUUCCUGUUAUCGGAGUCAGGCGCAAACAUCCUUCCCUACGUUCUGCUGCCAUUAGCAGGAAAUGAGGAGCUCAGCGACGAGGACACCGAGGGUAUGCUGCCUGAUCUACAGCUAUUGCCACCAGACAAGGAGAGGGACUCGGAUCCGGACAUACUGGUGACACAUCUGGAGACGCUCUUGCUUUUGACUACUGGCAGAGAGGGACGAGAUAUUAUGCGCAGAGCGAAGAUUUACCCGAUCAUAAGGGACUGUCAUCUGCAUGUCGAAGAUGAGAACGUGCGGGAGGCUUGCGAUAGGCUGGUACAGGUGUUGUUGAGGGAUGAGGCUGAUGAUGGAGUGAAAGAGGCUGCGGGAGAUCAAGCGGGGACCCAGGAAGAGGAUGAAGACGAGAAGAUUGUGGAGGUUUUCUAA